GGAGCCGGAAUAAAAGAUUCUGUUGGCCGGAGCCCGGACUGGCGCAGCUGCUGCUGGACUGACGGCCCUCUGCCUUUGGUCACGGGGACUGGAGACUGCGGGUCUGAUCUGCAUCAUGAAUCCUGUUUCUGAAGCAAAUGGCACAUUUGCCUUCCACCUUUUAAAGAUACUCUGUCAAGACAACCCUUCUAACAACGUGUUUUAUUCUCCUGUGAGCAUCUCUUCUGCCUUGGCCAUGGUCCUCCUCGGGGCAAAGGGAAAUACUGCAGUCCAGAUGGCCCAGGCACUUUCUUUAAACACAGAGAAAGACAUCCAUUGUGACUUUCAGUCAUUUCUCUCAGAAGUGAAUAAGCCUGGUAAGCACUAUGUACUUAGAACAGCCAACAGGCUCUUUGGAGAGAAGACUUGUGAAUUCCUCCAAACAUUUAAGACAUCCUGUCUUCAAUUCUACCUUGCUGAACUGGAGCAGCUGUCAUUUGCCAAAGCUGCAGAUACGGCCAGGAAACAUAUAAACACUUGGGUCUCAAAACAGACUGAAGGUAAAAUUCAAGACAUGUUGUCAAGUAACUCAGUUAGUGAGCAGACCAAGCUGGUUCUUGUCAAUGCCAUCUAUUUCAAAGGGAAGUGGGAUGAAAAGUUUGAGGAAAUGCUCACAAGAGAAAUGCCUUUUAAAAUAAACCAGAAGGAACAAAGGCCAGUUCAGAUGAUGUAUCAGGAAGCCGAGUUUAACCUCACCUAUGUGAAGGAAGUGCAGGCACAGGUGCUGGAGCUGCCCUAUGAGGGCAGGGAGCUGAGCAUGCUGGUCCUCCUCCCAGAUGAUGGUGUGGAUCUCAGCAUGGUGGAAAAUGAUCUCACUUUUGAAAAGUUCAUAUCCUGGACCAAGCCAGACCGCAUGAAGAGCAUUGAAGUUGAAGUUUCUCUACCACGUUUUAAACUGGAAGAGAAUUAUGACAUGGAGUCUGUGCUUCAGCGUUUGGGAAUGGUGGAUGCCUUUCAACAGGGCAAGGCUGAUCUGUCAGCACUGUCAACAGACAGAGAGCUGUAUCUGUCCAAGUUUAUGCACAAGAGUGUUGUGGAGGUGAAUGAAGAAGGCACAGAGGCCGCAGCGGCCUCAGCUAUGGUAAUUGUUGAAUGCUGUUGCCGAGAGUCUGGACACAGGUUCUGUGCUGACCACCCCUUCCUUUUCUUUAUCAGACACAACACAACCAACAGCCUUUUGUUCUGUGGCAGGUUCACCUCUCCUUGAGGGGUGUACUUAACUAUGUGUAGGAGCAGUUCCUUUUCUUCUGUGUUCCAUACUUCCUUCUAUAUUCCCAUGAGGCUGGGUAAAACCCAAGUGCUGAGAUGAAGGAAGAUUCCUCAUCCUCUGAACUCUUCGGCAGACUAAUCCCAUGAUACAUCUCACUCAUCUCUCUCCAUACUGACCACUUCUUUGUGCCUCUUUAGCAAGAUCAUGAGACAGCAGACAAGCAUGGGUCCCUGCUGUGUUUAUGCAAUACAAAUUCCAUAGCAUAGUCUGCAAAGUUUUCACAGACACAAUUGAACUUCCCACUCAUUUCUUCCUGUUCCUUCACUCCAUGUUAGCUACACUGCACUUCCCUGGAACUUCAGCUCUUGUCAUACACUUGCCAUAACCUGUUUGAACUGCAAUAUAUGCUACUCCAUGUUAUUACUACUAUUGCAGUUUCCUAAGACUGGCCUUCUCAGAAAUCCACACAAACCCCCUACUGAUGGCUCACAUAUGUAAUCAUAGCUACUCAGAAGGCUGAGAUCUAUGGUUCAAAGCUGUCCUACGCAAA